CACCGUCCUAUCUUUCCAAAAUCGCUCGGCGUUCGCCAGCGCUGACGCACGCCGAUCCUCGAGGUUAAAACUCAGCGCCCGGCCAGCCGGUAGACGUUGAGCCCACCACGCGGUCGACCUCGACACUUCCCCACACCCAGGACGCCCAGUGCCACGAUGUCUCAGGAGAAGAUUGGAGAUCACGAGAGCCUGUCUACGUCCAGCGGCGGGGCGGAUGUUGGGCAAGCGCGAGUGCGCGAGACCGGGGUGCUGGGUGCGCUGCGCAGGUUCGAGGCCAAGAUGGAUACGAAGUUUGGGAUCGAGAGUGAUGCGAUUAGUCGCAAGCUGCCAGAGGACAAGGGUCACGUGCCGUGGUACCAUCAGAUGAACAUGUUCUUCCUGUGGGCGAGUGGCACGAUGAAUACGUCGUGUUUUGCGACGGGAUUCCUGGGGUGGGAGUUUGGCUUAACUCUCCGCCAGAGUAUUGUUAUCAUCAUCUUCGCAUCCAUGCUUGGUGGUGCGGCUACGGGCUUUGCGGCUACUUUCGGUGCGCCGACGGGUCUGCGUCAGAUCUCCGUCAGCAGAUAUGCUUUCGGAUGGUGGCCCAACAAGGUCAUCGCAGCCCUCAACACCAUCGUGCAGAUUGGUUGGGCCGCCGUGGCUUGCAUCACAGGUGGUCUGGCACUGACCGCUGUUGCGGACGGUCACAUCUCGCUGAUCGUCGGUAUCGUCAUCCUGGCUGUGGUAGCCACACUGAUCUCAUUCGUGGGCCUGAAAGCAAUCCUGGUCUACGAGCGUUAUGCCUGGGUGAUUUUCCUGAUAAUCUUCAUCAUCUUCUUCGCAGAGACCGGCAAAUACGCUGAUAACUCGCCCGCGCCGUCUGUCCAUGGCGCAGACCUCAGCGGCGCGGUGCUGAGUCUGAUUGCCAUCGUCUACGGCAGCUCUGCAUCUUGGCAGACCAUGGCAAGCGACUACUACGUCCACUACCCUGUAAACGUCAAUCGAUGGAAAGUUUUUCUGAUGACGACCUUCGGCAUCUCAAUCCCCACCUCUAUCGGCAUGAUUGCAGGCGCCGUCGUAUCCUCUGGCCUUAACAACCGCCCCGACUGGAAAGAUACCUACGAAACCGACGGACUCGGCUUCCUCAUCCAAACGAUGCUGUACCCGCACGGCUUCGCCAAGCUCAUCCUCACCCUGCUCGUCCUCUCCGGCAUCAACGUCAACGUAAUCUCCAUCUACAGUGCCGCCAUCUCGUGCCAGCAGUUCUCGCGCCCCUUUGCGCGCGUGCCCCGCUUCAUCUGGGUGCUUCUCUGCUUCGCUGCGAUUCUGGGGCUCGCGAUUGGCGGCCGCGAGCAGCUGUCUGUGUAUCUGCAGAACUUCCUUAGUUUGCUCGGGUAUUGGACUACGCAGUACUUUAUCAUUCUGUGCAGUGAGCAUGUGCUCUUCCGCGGAAUGAAUUUCGACAACUAUGAUCUGGAUGCAUGGAACGACCCGAGUCGGCUGCCCCUGGGGAUCGCAGCGGGCGUGGCGUUCUUGGUGGGAAUCGUGGCGUGGAUUAUGGGAAUGGUGGAGACGUGGUAUGUUGGCCCGUUGGGCAAGUUGAUUGGAGCGGAUGGUGGCGACAUUGCGAACGAGUUCACAUUUGUGGUCACGGGUCUUGUUUAUAUCCCUGCGCGGUACUUGGAGAAGAAGAUGGUUGGAAGAUAGAAGUGUGGGAAAAGCAGUGAGGGCACGGAUAGGUACUGCUCACAUCUCAGGAGAAACGGCGGACAAACGUCUUUCAGGCUGACCAACCUUAACAUAGAACUUGUAGCUAUGAUAAUACCUAAACGCAACAUUCAAUUAAGCAUUACCUACAUGG